AUGGAUCAACUCUGCAAGACAGUUCCUAACUUUCUCACAAAACUGUGGGUAUUAGUAGACGACGCCGUCUUGGACCAUGUGAUUCACUGGACCAAGGAUGGUCACAGCUUUGAGAUUGUGAAUGAAGAAAACUUUUCCAACGAAAUACUGCCAAAAUACUUCAAGCAUAACAAAAUAUCCAGCUUUAUACGACAGCUCAACAUGUAUGGUUUCCGAAAAGUGAUUACACUGCAGGGUGAAAAGACUAGUGAGAAGAAAUUACCUCUGGAAUUUCAGCAUCCACUCUUCAAAAAAGGAGGAGCCUGUCUUCUUGAAAACAUUAAGCGAAAGGUAUCAACAAUAAAAAAUGAAGAUACCAGUCUCUACUCUAAUGAGUUUCAGAAAAUUCUGACUGAGAUGCAAGAGAUUAGAAACUUACAGAGCAACAUGGAUGCCAGAUAUGCACAAAUGAAACAGGACUAUUCAGACCUAUGUCUUGAAAUUACAAACCUAAGGAAAAAGUACUGUGAGCAACAGCAGCUGUUAACACAGGUACUCCAUUGUAUCUUGGAUUUGAUAAGUGGAAACGAUACAGGCCUAAAAAAGAGGAAAAGGUCAUUAUCAUUUAUACCUGGAGCUUCAGAUUCUGAAUGGGAUCAUCAGUACUUACAUAUUCCAGAUGACAAGAAGAAAGAAGCUAUGGAGAUAGUAAAAGAUGGUUACAAACUUGUUGAAGACAAAUGUAAAAGUCUCCUUGAUAGAGUAUUACCAAUUUUGAAAGAAUCUAAAAACUUAAUUUCAUCUGAAGACCAGCCAAGUGGAGAUGAUGGAAAAGACCCUAAUGUGCCAAUUCUGGACAUACCUAUGAAUGAAGAUUCACUGAGCAUUCAGUUGGAUUUGACCAUACCAUUUUUCCAGGAACAAAUAACUGAAGAAUGCUUUGUACAGGACCCAAAGGAUUUUUCUUUGGAAUUAGAGCUUUCUCCUCUGGAUUCAAUUUUGAUUGCAGAACAGUCAGACACUCUGUGUAACAGUAUAAUGAACAGGAAUAAAAUGCAUCAUACUGAAGGAAACUUGGUAGAGCUAAAUUCAUUAUUAUCUAGGAAGGCAGUGAAAUAUGACUUUGAUCAUUUCAGUGAGAGUGUAAGUCUAAUGGAAAAUGAAGGAGAAAGAAGUCUGCUUGAAGCCAGUGGGGAAAAAGACAAACAUGUGAAACAAUGCAUGGAAAAAACCCAGCUUUUACUAUUAGAUGGUACACCAAUAUGUGAUUUUGGAGAAAAUCUUCAAGAUUCUAAUGACCUCCUUUUGGAUAAUCUGAAGAAUCCAUCAAAUGUCUUACCGGCCUUGUGUGAUCAUAAUUAUGUAGCUUUCAAUAUUUCUACUACACAAGAAGAUACUGCAAAUACUAUUGAAAUGAUUGUUCCCCAGUUAUCUGAGGAAGCCCGUGAGGAAGCCAAUGCAUUCCCAUUUCUCUUUCUCAAUCCUGUUACUAAUAGUUUUUGA